AUGGGUAUGGGGCCGUUUAUGAGAACCGUAGCUAUGGCUUGUGGCGAACCCCCAAUGCCUGGCUUGCUACUUUCCAGAUUGAUCGUGGUCCGCGACGCGGCUAGACAACAGGAUCAGGACCUCUCCUUCCCCGCGACCUCAGCAGCGUCAUUGUGGUCGAGGGCGGCGAUACCAGCUCCGUGUCGCCGCAGGGCCACGGCGUCUACUGCACCAAAUCUGGGCUUGCGUCAAAGGCCAAGCAGGGAAACCGUCGCCGAGAGAGUUGGAAGAGUUGCCGCAAAGAUCUAG